CCUCUCACUGAUACCAGCCCAGAGACAGAAAUACCACCACUGGCCCCAGAGGUGAAUCUGUUCCCUGCGUGCCAGACUGUGGCGCUCUGAGAAAUACCAGCCUUGCGAAUGUGCGGCCCGGGCUACAGGCAGACCAGGAAGAGGGCAGUUUGGGGUGAUCCCUGCAGAGUGGGGUAAUCCUUCUUUCCACUUAAUAUCCCCCGCAAAGGCUUUUCCUAGGAUUAACCAUUCGGCUCAGUUUGCGCAUAGUCGUUGUAUGACUGGAUUCCUGCAUGCAACUGCUGCUGCUUGGACUGAAAGGUUGUAUUCAAGAUGGAAAACAAUAUCUAUAUGGUGCCACGUGGAUUAAGGACUGCCACAGUUGCACCUGCGGAGAGGAGGGAAUAAGCUGCUGCUCCACCUUUUCUCGUCCUGCUGGCUUUGACGAAAAGAAAUGUAAACUCAUCUUCCAUGAGGAGUCCUGCAGCUACUCGGUGGUGGAGAAGGACAACCCCUCUAAAACUUGUCCGUUCACGGAAAUGGUGGGUUGAGGAAUACCCUCCUUGGAAGAACCUCCCUUCCAGGUUUAAGUCACUCAUGGAAUAAUUCCUUUCUUGGAUCCUAGUAAUUGUAGAUGCUGUUUUAAGAUUUGCCACCAGCAUGCUGUACUUUCCCUAUCAACUGUGUAACCUUCUUUAUUCUUGCAUUUUGGAGAUCAGUGUUGUUUCUAUAUAAUUCUAGGUCUGUCAUGGUAACUGAAUUCUGCCCAGAGAUCUUGGCUGAUGAAUGAUUAAAUAAAACAGCCAGGUAA